AUGGAGACUAUUUUAAAAGAACAUGAGAAAGUUUCCAAAAAGCAUGCCACGCUUGCUCAAGGCUCUAUUGACAGCAUAGAUAGAAUAAUAGGGGCAAUAAACGAAGCAAGAGCACAGUUUGAAAAUUGUCCGCAGAGUUGCCCUACCCAACUUUAUAACCUGUCAAGACGAGUGAAAGAUAUUACAAGUCAAACCCUUGACGAACAUAAGGAUUUUCAGUCAACUUUGAACAAGUACGGAAAAGCCAUUGAUAAGAAAUGGAAACAAGACAUUACAAUAGCGACUAAUGCAAACGCAUUUUCAGAGAAAGAGAAAAUACUCCAGAAAACUAUUGCUUUACAUUUCAUUCGGCAAGGGAAAUUUGAACUUGGGAAUACAUUUAUGAGGGAAGCCGAGCUGGAUAUUUCCGACAUGCCUCAAGCACAAUUUGUUGAAAUGUACCAGAUUCUCGAGGCAAUUAAGGUGUAUGACUUGGGACCGGCUUUAAUAUGGGCCGGAUCCAAGAGAGAAGAACUUGAGCGACGGGGGAGUUCGUUAGAGUUUCAACUCCAUCGUCUCCACUUUGUGCAAUGUCUUACAAAUCAACGUAGCGAGGAAGCAAUAAUAUAUGCAAAAAAUAAUUUCCAUUAUUUCAAAGAAAGACAUCUUGCAGAAAUCCAACGCCUCAUGGGUUCUAUAGCGUACUUUAAUAAACUAAAUACAUCACCUUACGCCGAGCUAUUAUCUCCCGAUUCAUGGACGGACAUUCAGCAUCAAUUCACAAGAGACUUUUGUAGUCUAUUAGGAAUGUCUUGGGAGAGUCCGCUCUUUAUAAGUGUAACGGUUGGGGCAAUGGCGCUUCCUACAAUCAUUAAAAUGGCUACGAUAAUGAAAGAGAAAAAGAACGAAUGGAGUCAACAGGAUGAACUACCGGUCGAGAUUCCUCUUCCAGAUGAUAUGCGAUAUCAUUCAAUAUUCGCAUGCCCCGUGUCAAAGGAGCAAUCGACAGAAGAGAAUCCGCCUAUGAUGAUGCCAUGUGGACACGUCAUCUGCAAAGAGUCGUUAAACAAACUGAGUAAAGCUAACAGUCGCUUCAAGUGUCCGUAUUGCCCAAACGAGUCGACUCUGGAUCAGGCUAUUCGAGUACAUUUCUAA